AUGGCAUUCCUCGACCGUGCUUACCGACGCGCACAAACCGAGGGCAAGCUGAUUCUGGCCGGCCGUGGUCUGGGCGAGCUCCCGCAAGAGGCGCUGGUCGUGGGCAGCCUGGUGCUCGACGACGUGCCGGGCUACGCUGUGGUCGAUCUGCGGGUGGUCGACAUCUCGGGCAACGAGCUGAGCUAUCUUCCGCCGCAGCUGCUGGACUACGAGUUUCUGAAGGUCUUUGACGCCUCACGCAACGCGCUCGACGACGCCAGUGUGAGCGAUCUGGUGGCGGCGGCCAACGCCCGCCCGCCGUGGCCGGCGCUCCUGCGACUCAAUCUCGCCCACAACGCCCUCACGCUCGUCCCGCUCUACGGCUCGCCGUCAAUCCGGGUCCUCGACGUCUCCCACAACGCCGUGACUAUGGUCGAUGGCCCGUGGCCGCGGCUCGUCGAGCUCCGCGCCAGCCACAAUCGCAUCGACACCCUCCUCGGCCUCUCGCACGUCGCCUGCCUGGAGAUCCUUGACUGUGCCCACAACGCGCUGGCCGAGCUCCCCGAUGAGCUGUUUGAGAGUGCGCCUUCUCUUCGCAUAGUGGACCUCUCCCACAACCGGCUCACCGCGCUGCCCGAGGCCAUCGGGUCCUCAGCCGCGCUGGCCGAGCUCCAUCUCGUCCACAACGCAUCGCUCUCGCAGCUACCGCGCUCGCUCCCAAGCUGCACCGCCUUGCACACGCUCGACAUUUCCGAGUGCGCCUUUGCCGAGCUCCCUGUUCAUGCCCUGCUUGGUCUGCCCGCCCUCAAGGUUGUCCGCGCUGUCGGCAACCGCAUGCGCAGCGUCCCGGCGUCGGUGGCCGGCCUCGACGGACUCGUCACUCUUGACCUCGCAUCCAACGAGCUUCGCUCACUCCCACCCGAGCUUGCGCUCUGCAGCUCGCUCACCCACCUUGGCGUCGAGGGCAACCCGUUCCGCGGCCUUCGCCGCUCGAUUGUCGAAAAGGGCUCGCAUGCCAUCCUCGAGUACCUGCGGACCCGGCUUCCAGAAGAGCUGCUGGCCGGCAGCGCAAGCUCCGGUCUCGCCACGUCGCUUGUUCCGGCCGGAGAUGGCAGCCUUGAUCUCUCGAGCCAGGGCCUCGACGAGCUGCCGGCCUCGUUUGGCGGCCUUGUCACCAGCCUCACGGCCGAUGACAACGGGCUUCGCAGCUUGCCGCUCGAGUUUGCGCCAGACGUAUGCUACUCGCUCGAGGCGCUGAGCCUUGCGCGUAACAAGCUAGAACUUGUGCCAGAGUCCCUGCUCCCACCGCUGGCGUCACUCUCACUGCUCAAUCUUGCGCACAAUGGACUUCGCGCGCCGCCGCGCUCGCUCGCCGCUCUCGCCGGAAGCCUCACUAGCCUGGACCUCUCGUUCAAUCGAGGCAUGGCACUUCAGUUUGCGCUCAACGAGCUGUACUCGCUGCAGCGAGUUGUUCUCUCCGGCUGCAAGCUGAGGUCCUGGCCGUUUGCCACCGACGAUCCGUUCCCGGCGCCUCUCGUCGACCUCGUCCUCGACUCGAACGCGUUCGACUUUAUUCCGCCGCCGACCCACAUCGACGACUGCGCACUCUCGACGCUCGACGUCCGCAACAACGAACUUUGCGAACUUCCACCCGAUCUCGGCUUCUUCCCGGUCCUAUCUGCACUCAUGUUUGACGGCAACCCGUCGCGCCGACUGAUGCGCGUCGCCCUCAAAGGCACCUCUGCCCUUAAGAAGCACCUCCGCCUCGUCGCCGGUGCCGACGAGUAAGCGCGAUCUCGACGCAAGCACAACAGUCUACACCCUUUGAUCAGCCACAAGCUAGUAAACCGGUUCUAGCCUC